CGACGGUCCGCUUCACUACACCGUGGCGGGGAUGUCUACAGUGAGAGAAGAAGAAGGGGGAGGGCACUACUUUGUCACAGGCUGCUAUGUAGAUUAACCUUUCAAUUAGUUGUUAUCAGGUCCUCUCCAUGUCUCCGCGUGAGCUGCUCGAGCCUUUCGUUUUCAAGACCACCAAACCCGCUCGGAUAUAUGUCGCUUCGCAUUUACCCUUCGACGUGAUAAUGAAGAGGAGUAUCCGAGGAGGGGGAAAAAACUUGAAGACUACCAGCAAAUAUUUACGAUCUGAGCUGGGAUUCUAAUAAAACACAGUUCCAGGUCAGCUGAUAACUUCCACUGUGGAUAUUACUUGUACCCAACUUUUUCCUCGAGUUCACCCGGAAUUGAGAAAAUACUCGCGGAUGCUGUCGUGGAACAUAACUUCCUGACCGUACUAAGGAUGUGGAUGUACGUAUUUUGCAGCUGCAGAAAGGAGGAACCUUUAUGGAUCACAUUUUUGUGAGGCUUAUUGUUCAACCAUGGUAAAACUUGCAAACCCUCUCUACACGGGGUGGAUUCUCGAAGCAAUACAGAAAAUUAAAAGGCAGAAGCAGAGGCCUUCAGAGGAGAGRAUUUGUCAUGCAGUGGCGACGGUGCACGGACUGGACAAGAAGACRGUCCUUGAGCAGUUGGAAUUAAGCGUUCAUGAUAGCUCUAUCCUCAAGGUGACAAAUAAGGGAAGCACUUCCUACAAGGACCCAGGAAAUCCUGGAAGAGUUGGUCCCAUCUUGCCUACAAACACAUCUUUGCCGUCAAAGGAAUCUGUAUGGAAUUCAAACGAUCUCCGCCAUAUUGAUUGGAAUAAAAUACUUCGGACGGCCAUUGAAGGUCUGGAUGAUACCCACGGCUCYUCGCUGAAGAACAUCGAGAGGUACCUGAGGAAUCAGGACGACCUCUCAAAYGUUGUUGACAAUCCUGCUUUUCGGCAGAGGUUGCGGCUGGCGGCGAAGCGCUCAGUUGGCAACGGCAGAUUGGUCAAAAACGGCCCACGGUAUAAGCUCUGCCAUGGAGGUGUGGAGGGAAGAAGCUCCAGGUGUCCUAGUGCUUCCCCCUUGGUUCUGGCAUCAGUGACGCUCCUCCCCCAUGAGCGCGACCAGCUCCGGGUCGACCCCAUCCCAAUAUGCAGUUUCUGUCUUGGAACGAAGGAGUCAAAUCGGGACAAGCAGCCAGAGGAGCUGCUGUCCUGUGCAGACUGUGGAAGCAGUGGGCAUCCAUCAUGUCUAAAGUUCUCCGAAGAAUUAACCUUGAAUGUGAAGAGAUUAAGGUGGCAGUGCAUUGAAUGCAAAACCUGCAGCUCCUGUCGAAUACAGGGGAAAAAUGCUGAUGAGAUGCUGUUCUGCGAUUCAUGUGAUCGAGGCUUUCACAUGGAAUGCUGCGAUCCGCCGCUUUCAAGAAUGCCAAAAGGAACCUGGAUCUGCCAAGUCUGCAGGCCAAAGGAGAACGGGAAGAAACUGCUGCACAAGAAGGCCGAUCAGAUCAAACGUCGAUAUGCAAAGCCAAUCGGAAGGCCGAGAAAUAAGCUCAAACAAAGAAUGUCUGUAACCAGUGGUGAUGGCUCCAUGGUAGCACUUGGAGGAAGGGGGUCACCUGGUAGGGGUCAAAAGAUUACCGUCUGUUCCACACCUUCAUCUGGUCAUGCUGCAUCUGUGACGGACGCCAGAGACAGAUUGACUGUUGCAGAGCCUUGUUGUGCGGUCAACGCCACCCAAUUCACCUCUUCCCCUCCCACCACCACCCCCUCCCUCACGCCCACCUCCACCCCAGCCACACUUACUGUUAACAAGAAAACCAAAGGGCUUAUUGAUGGGCUUUCCAAAUUCUUUACCCCUUCCCCUGUGGGCCGUCGCUCGCGAGCUGUAGCCAUAGAGUCGCCCUCCAAACAGUUAUGCUCUAGAGACAAGGGUCCUCCCAAACUGUCCAAUUCACCAGAGCCGUUUGCCUUCGCUGCUGAUGCCUCUCAAACGAUAACCCCUCCAUCUUCUGCACUUCUUCCCGCUUCCACAUUGCCAGGACUUAGCCCCCCCUCGCAGGUGUCCAGCAGCUCCACUUCUGCUAACUCACCGCAGAGCUCUUCCAGCCAGUCUAGUGUUCCCUCCCUGAGUAGUCUCUGCAGUAGCAGCCAGCUGAAGGGGCUUUUCGAUGGACUCUCUCACAUUUUUACUACUCAGGGACAGUCGCGGAAAAAGAGGCCACCAAGCUACGCGCCGCCAAAGCGCAYGCCCCAUAAGCAGGAUUUGUCCAGAACGGGGCCGCAGUGCCUUGGAAAGAACGAGUUUAGUAGAAAUAGGUUACACUCCUCAUCAGCUGGGCCCGGCCGACCCAGAGGAACCCCUUUUAAGAUGGUCAGUCAUUUCAAAUGCAACCCUUUCCUUAAAAAUCACAGGACACUAGGCAGGCUGAAGUAUAGAGUGAGCCCUCAGAAGGGAUCCCCCUCACCAGGAAAGGGAGACUUGACAGACGGAAGAAUUAAGCCUGAGAAUAAUCAUGGCCACAAUGUGGAGCUGCACGUGAAGCAGGAAGUUCAGACMGAGUGUGUGGCCAUGUUGAGAGACCAUGUGACAGAGGAAGACACUGAGACAUUCGCGCGGGUCCAGGAACGUGCUGCUCAGAAAACUGGAUCUCUGAUGAAUACAGAGUUUAUGAGAUGUCCCUCUGUCAUUGAAUUUGGGAAGUAUGAGAUUCAGACCUGGUACUCAUCGCCGUACCCACCUGAAUAUUCAAGAUUACACAAGCUUUAUCUGUGUGAGUUCUGUCUGAAGUACAUGAGAAGCAAAAACAUUCUCCUGAGACACACAAAGAAGUGUGGCUGGUUUCAUCCGCCAGCCAAUGAAAUCUACAGAAAGGACAACCUUUCCGUCUUUGAGGUUGAUGGAAAUGUCAGCAAACUGUUCUGCCAAAACCUCUGCCUAUUAGCCAAGCUUUUCCUGGAUCACAAGACCUUGUAUUAUGAUGUGGAGCCUUUCCUCUUCUACAUACUUACAAAGAAUGAUGAGAAAGGCUGUCAUCUUGUGGGCUAUUUCUCCAAGGAAAAGCUUUGCCAGCAGAAGUACAAUGUCUCCUGCAUAAUGAUUAUGCCUCAGUACCAAAGGCAAGGAUUUGGAAGGUUCCUUAUUGAUUUCAGUUACCUUCUCACCAGGCGAGAAGGACAAGCUGGCUCCCCGGAGAAGCCGCUGUCAGAACUGGGUCGCUUAUCCUACCUGGCAUAUUGGAAAAGUGUCAUACUGGAGCACCUUUAUAAGCACCCAGAUAAACACAUCAGUGUUAAAGGAAUAAGCAGGGCCACGGGGAUGUGUCCACAUGACAUUGCCUCCACUCUCCAGCAGCUCGGCAUGAUUGACAGACAGGAUGGCAGGAUUGUGUUGGUCAGAAGAGAGAGGUUGAUUCAGAGGCACCUGGAGAGGCUGAGGGCUAACCCACGUAAGAAUGAGGUGGACCCAGAUGCCUUGCGCUGGACUCCUUCCACGACUCUGAAUGCUGUCCUUUCUGAGGAGGAGAGGGAGGCAGAGAUGGAUGCCGAGCGGCUGAAGGAGCAGGCCAGUUGCUGGGAGAAGGAGGAGAGAGACGGCUACGCGAUGACCCACGGUGGCAGGCAAACUCUCACCAAGGUCCACUGCAAGAUUCCCUACAGGACGUACGAGCGCCGGCCCGCUCCCCCCUGGUCAAGGCGCAUCCAGCAGUCGGAGGCAGCGAGCGAUGACGAAGCCGACGACGACGAUGACGACUUCGAUGGCUUGCCUCCUAUCUUGACAAAAGCUCAUGCGAUGCUUGCAGCCAAGAGAAAGAGCACCGCUGUCCUUAAGAAGAGAGGGCGUAAAAGGAAGCGGAUAAACAGCAGCGUCACAACAGAAACCAUCUCUGAGACGACAGAGGUGCUGAACGAACCGUUUGACAACUCGGAGGAUGAGCGUCCGAUGCCCCUGCUGGAGCACACCUCCAGGAUGGGUGAAAUGGAGGAAGACGAUGAGGACGAUGAUGAGGAUGAGGACRGGGAGGAGGAGACACAAAAGUACAAGACGUCAAGUAUACCAAUGAAACGCCGGAGAGGUCGCCCAAGACUUGAGAAAAAUUCACAGAAAGACAAUCUUGAUCACUGGAUUGAAGGCUCUAACAUCAUCUCCAAGAGACCCAGCAGAACCCGUCCAGUAAAGAGGAAGAAAGGCUGGCCCAAAGGAGUGAAACGCGGCCCUCCUAAAUGGAGGCUAAAGAAGGAGCGAAAGAUGGGCUUUAAGCUGAACCUCUACACUCCUCCUGAAACACCCAUGGAGGCGGAGCAGCACCACAUUCGCACUGAAGAACCAAAACAGGAACCAGACCAGGAUGUUGUCAGUUCAGACGAGGGCACAAAAGUGGACCGAGGUUUGGCUAGUCCAGAUCUAAUGGAGGAGCUCCACUCUGAGCCCCCGAGUCCCGCUGAGCAUGGCUCCCAGACGUCAAGUUCCCCUGAGGGAUCACCUAUAGCUUCGCCGGCGUGUUCACCUGCUCCAUCCAUCGAUGCCGAUGGGUCGCCCAGGCCUAUGGACCCAACUGAUUCACCAGAACCCCCUGAGGACGACCAGCAGGAAAGUAGACAAGAUCAGGACUCACCAGCCAAAGACGUGGAGCUCAGCACCGAGGGCGCUGCAUCACUGGAACAUGAUAAUGAAGAAAACGAUGAAGAGGGGGGGAAAGGAGUUCAAGUAGAAGAUCAGGAUGCUGAUGAUGAAGAUGAAGGUCACAGGAAAACACCAGCACCUGAGAGCAGCGCAGACGAGUCGGGGCAAAGUUUAAAAGAUGCGCCGAAGUGCUCCCAAGCUUUUUUAGAUCCAGAAGAAGACAACGACUCUGAGUUGAGUCAGCAGGUUGGUAAAGAAGCAUGUAGUGAAGAAGAACAWGUUCCCGCUGCAGCAAACAUGCAGGAUGGAGGAACACAAACUGCAGAGACCACACCUCCACCUGAAGCAGCCGCGGUCGCAUCAAUAGCGGCUGCAGACUCUGAGUCCGAGGAGGAAAGCACAUCCAGCCCUUGUCCAAAGCAGACACUUCUUCCUCCUGCAGGCAGUUCAAAAACCAGUGCCGUGCUGAGAGAGGCUCACCCCGUCUGCGCAGAGAUCGACUCAGAGACUGUUCAAGCUGUUCAGUCUCUGACACAAGAGAGCGAGGGAGAGAAUGUGUUCCAGGACUGUGUGGAGAGCCAGGAGCCCUGCAGGAAUCUGCAGAGCUAUGCCCACGUUGCCCAAAGCCCUCAGCUCACUUCACUGGAUGAUUGCCCUCAGUCCAACCACAGCAGUCCCCUUUCCUCGGCGCAGUCCCAUCCCAGCCAGUCUGUACGCUCGGUUAGCAGCCCGGCCGUCUCCAUCCUGGAGAGCGGCUACACUCAGAUCAGCCCCGACCACAGCGCCAUCUCGGUGCCCUCGCUCCACAACAUGGAGACGAGCCCCAUGAUGGACGUGCCGUCGGUGUCGGAUCACUCCCAGCAGGUGGUGGACAGUGGAUUCAGUGAUCUGGGCAGCAUCGAGAGCACCACAGAGAACUACGAGAACCCCAGCAGCUACGACUCCACCAUGGGGGGCAGCAUCUGUGGCACAGGCCCCUCCCAGAACAGCUGCUCGUACGGCACUAUCCCCCCCAGCGGUCUGCCCCAGAGCAGCUGUGCCGUGAGCCAACAAAUGGGCGCCGUUAACCCCGGCAGCUGCGGGAUGAUUCAGCAGAACAGCCUGAGCUCGCCGCCGCACUGCAGCGUCAAGUCGCCGCAGGGCUGCGUGGUGGUGGAGAGGCCCCCCAGCAACAGCCAGCACAGCCAACACAACUCCCACGGCAGGCACGGUCCACACAAUCAGCACAGCCAACACAAUCAGCUAACCCAGCACAGUCAACACAAUCCUCACAACCAGCACAGUCACCACCACAAUCACCACCCGCAGCACAAUCAGCUCAGCCAGCACAAUCAGCACGGCCUUCACAAUCAGCACGGCCAGCAGCAGCCCAUGGCUCAGUGCGCCAUCCCCCCCAACUUCCCCGCCGCCGUGCAGCUGGCAGACAUCCCCGAGUCCGGCAACCCCAACUUCGCCCUCUAUGAGCGGCUGAACCACCAGGGGGAGUACGGCGGGGGGCACUACUCGCAGCCGUCGGGCCUGAGCCUGGCCAAGCUGCAGCAGUUCACCAACGCCUUCAUGGACCACCCUCACUCYCUGCCGUUCAACCACUCCGCCCCGCACCCCAGGACCUCGUACGCCAACACGCCCCCGCUCUCGUCGCAGCACUCCAGCCUGGUGUCGCUGUCCCAGACCCCGCGCAGGCUCCCCAACCCCCAGGUGCAGGCCACCAUGACCCCUCCCCCGAACCUGGGCUCGCCGCCGCACGUGAUGCUGCAGCCCAACGUGGGCCUCCCGUCCUCUCAGCGGACGCCCCAAACGACGCCCAAGACUCACGUGUCGGCGCGCUCCCGGUCGUCCUCGCUGUCCCACCACCACCACCACCAGCAGCAGAUGUACUCGCGCUCGCCGCAGACCGUCGCCAUGCAGGCGCCGUCCAGGACGCUGGCCGCCAUGCCGCGCGUUAACAUGAGCAUGAACAUCAUGCCGGCGCCGGGCUACAACGUCAACUCCAUGAACAUGCCCUCCCUCAACGCCAUGAACGGCUACAGCAUGAGCCAGCCCAUGAUGAACAGCGGCUACCAUGGCAACCACGCCUACAUGAACCAGUCGCCCCAGUACUCUAUGCAGAUGGGCAUGAUGGGAACGCAGCCAUACCCCCAGCAGCCCAUGCAGGCUCCGCCACACGGCAACAUGGUGUACUCUCCAGCUGGCCACCAUGGCUACAUGAACACGGGCAUGUCCAAGCAGCCCCUGAAAGGGCCUUUAAUCAGACGCUAACCGAGCUGCGUUUGACUGAUGCACCGAUCAGGCCUUGUUCUUUUCUCUCUGACGGUGGCUUUUUAUUUGAUUUUAUUAUGUUUUAUUACUUAAAAACCAGCAGCAGCACUUGUAAAGAAUGCAAAAAUGUUCAUCAGCGAGUUAACUUUAAAGCUAACGUUAAAAACAAAACAAAAAAAGUAUUUUUGUUCCUCCUGAUGGGAAGCCUUACAUCGUUACGAUGAAAAUCUAUUUAAUUAGUGUUAGUGUCUCUGAUGUGUCUUUAGGCCAGGCGGGUUCAGAGCUCGGACGUAGAGAUUUCAUCAGUCUUGCAGUUGUGUAGCAGCCUCAAAUGAAGCCAUUCAAUGCUACAAGUGGAGGUAGUGGCUGUUUGAACCUGUUCAGUGUACCUGUCUAACAGUGCUGACAUUUAGUUUGUACUAUACUCAUGCCUUUGUAUAUUUAAAUUAUUGUACUUAUUUUGUAAAGUGACAAAAAGCAUGCUUCAGUCUCUGUUAGUGACAGUGCAUUUGAGUAGUACUGUACAAGUGUUGUGCUUUUUAGCAAGCCAUUUCAAAAAAUAUAUAUCUGGCCUUUUAUUAGGUUUCCCUCCACAGGGACAAAAAUGAAACUAUAUUUUGUUAAAUCUAAUAAUGUAAAAAAAAUGUAAAAUUAGUCUUGUUUUCUGUUUGGUUUGAGAGGUUUUAUUGCUAUGUAUGUAUAAUUCUGAAGCCUUUUGUAACAAAUCUCCUUGAGGCAGCUUUCUGUUUAAUAAAGCAGACGGAUUUCUGUCGAAAAAAGAAGAAAGUAUAUCUCAGUGUUUGUACCCUGAAAAUUCUAAAACAUUUCGAAAUAUCCAGAAGUGUGGCGGAAUUWAAAAAAAAAAGAAAGGAUUAUAAUGAUGAAAUAACAAUAAAGAAGAUAUAAAUUUAGUCCAAAGUUGAUAUUUUACAUAAUGCCUUUAAAAGCUACGUUUUCAUUCCAUCUGUAGAUUUGUUUUCUAUCUUUAUAAAAUGUGGGAUUUAUAUUUUACCGAAUUGUAGAAGAAUAGAGCCUGUGAAUAGACCAAACUAAGCUAAUGGAUUGCAUGUAAAACGCAACUUGUAUUUGUGUUUUAUUUUAUUUUUGUUUAGUUUAUUUUUUUUGUUUUUUUGUUUUUUGUUUAUAAUGCUCUUUUGUAGCCUUUGUACCUGUACAGAGCUGCUGGUAAGAACGAGGGAAAUAUCUGGCUAUGUGCACUCAAGUCGAACAGAAUGACAUUCUUGUAUUUAUGACUUUACUCCUUUUGUCAGUCACUUAAAAUGCUGUACAUUUUAGCAUAAGAAUAAAUUAUGAUUGACCAUGUA